CAUAAAUAAAGGUUAGGAUGUGGAUUGGGUGAAAGUUGUUGACGACUGAGAAGGUUACCAUCGAUUGCCACACACAUUCCAAUUCCACACGCUAUUACGUUUGGUUUUCAGUUAAUUUUCGGGACAAUAAUAAAAUAACAUUCUUGCUGCUGUUGAAUAAUUACAAUGAGUGUGGGGCCAAGCCCAAUGCAAUAAGAAAAGUGGCACUCUUUCUUCUUUCUUUCAUUUUUUUUUUCGGUUUCUGGUUUACUAUGCUAUGUAGCUUGGAGCGGUGUUACGGUGACAGAGUGAGAAAUGGGUCUGCUUUCUAACAGAGUGGAGAGACAUGAGAUCAAGCCUGGCGAUCACAUCUACACAUACAGAGCUGUUUUCACCUAUUCUCAUCAUGGCAUUUUUGUUGGGGGAAGCAAGGUUGUACAUUUCAGACCUGAAAGAAACUUAAAGUCAAUGACUGAGACAUCAUCAAACUGGGAUGAUCCAACAUCAAACCCAUGUCCAACCUUUCCUGAUUGUGGAUUCAGACAACCAAACAGUGGAGUAGUCCUUUCUUGCUUAGACUGCUUCCUUCGAAAUGGGUCUCUUUACUGUUUUGAGUAUGAGGUUUCACCAUCUGUUUUCCUCAGCAGAAUAAGGGGUGGCACAUGCACUACUGCAUCAGCUGACCCACCAGAGACUGUUAUUCAUCGAGCUAUGUAUCUUCUUCAAAACGGCUUUGGAAAUUAUAAUGUUUUUCAGAACAAUUGUGAGGAUUUUGCCUUGUACUGCAAAACUGGUCUUUUGAUACAAGACAAGCAAGGGGUUGGAAGAAGUGGCCAAGCUUCUUCUGUUAUUGGUGCUCCAUUGGCUGCAAUGAUCUCUUCUCCUCUCAAGUUGUUAAUGCCAAGUCCUGUUGGUGUUGCUACUGUAACUGCAGGAAUGUACUGCAUGAGCAGAUAUGCAACUGAUAUUGGUGUCAGAAGUGAUGUGAUCAAGGUGCCAGUGGAAGACUUGGCUGUGAACCUUGGAUGGAUUUGUCAAGAGGAGGAGGAGGUAGCUGAACAUGAAAAUCCAGACAGACAGAUUACCACCAGAUGAUCUAGCAUUGCUCUUCAUCCUUACUAUGCACAUGAAACUGUUGCAUGUGUCACUGUUAGUUAUACACUAGUUCAUAGCAGAUAUGUCUUCAUUCAUGUUAUAUCUUCUGUGAUUGGUGUCUAGUUAUUCAAGUUGUGUCUGGGAUGAAAAUGGAACAAUAUUAUUACUUAUAGUAGUAACUAUAAUGUGAUGUAUUCCUUUGAGACAAAUUUUCUUCUAGUUGCCUAUAAUAAUGCAACAUUCUACCCACAAUAGUGAUUGAACCAUCUUGUUGUGCAUCAUAGAAAAUCACAUUGAAUUACAUUUAUGCUUUUGACAA